CGCGGCGGUGCGAGUUGUCGGCGGGUCCAGUGGGGUCGGAGCAGAGGCCGGAAUGGAGCGGAGCUUGGCGGGACGCAGGGCCCUGGUCACCGGGGCCGGAAAAGGCAUCGGGCGGGAGACCGUGAAGGCGCUGUGCCAGGCCGGGGCCCAGGUGGUGGCCGUGAGCCGGACCCGGGAGGACCUGGCCAGCCUGGCCCAGGAGUGCCCGGGCCUAGAGACGGUGUGCGUGGAUCUGGGCGACUGGGAGGCCACGGAGAAGGCGCUGGGCGGCAUCGGCCCCGUGGACCUGCUGGUCAACAACGCCGCCGUGGCCCUGCUGCACCCUUUCCUGGAUGUGACCAAGGAGGCCUUCGACACGUCCUUCGAGGUGAACCUGCGGUCCGUCCUGCAAGUGUCCCAGAUCGUCGCCCGGGGGCUGGUGGCCCGGGGGGCUCCCGGGGCCAUCGUCAACGUCUCCAGCCAGGCGUCCCGCUGCGCCGUGCGGGACCACGCCGUCUACUGCUCCACCAAAAGCGCGCUGGACAUGCUGACUAAAGUGAUGGCGCUGGAGCUGGGGCCCCACAAGAUCCGGGUGAACACGGUGAACCCCACGGUGGUGAUGACGGCCAUGGGCCGGGCCCACUGGAGCGACCCCGGCAAGGCGGGGCCCUUUAUGGACCGGAUCCCCCUGGGCAAGUUUGCCGAGGUGGAGGACGUGGUGAACAGCAUCCUGUUCCUGCUGAGCGACAAGGCCGCCAUGACCACCGGCUCGGGCAUCCUGGUGGACGGGGGCUUCCUGGUGGGUUAGGGCGGGGGGCCGCGGCCGGGCCGGAGGGAGAAGCGGGGCGGCGGCCCGGAUGGAGAACGUUUAUUGUAUAAAAUAAGAAGUGAUCACCCCG